CACUACACUCUUGCAAAGCUCUAUUAAAAUAUUAUGUGGGAGGGGAACUGAUAAUGCGAACAUAUAUAUCAACACCUUUGCCGCGGAGACCAAGACACAGUUCACAGAAACAUUUUCUUCGCAGACAUUCAAUCAACAACAGUCCAGUAGCAAUGUCGACUAAAAAUGAAAAGAUCGGGAUAAUUGGCAGCGGCUUAAUUGGACGUAGCUGGGCUAUGCUUUUCGCCAGCGUAGGAUAUCAAGUAACCAUUUACGAUAUCGUUCAAGAUCAAAUUAAAAAUGCGUUGGAAGAUAUUCAUCAACAGUUGAAACGCCUUGAAGCUGGCGGUCUUCUCCGGGGUACACUAACUGCGGACCAGCAAUUUCAACUGAUAAAAGGAUCUUCUGAUCUGGCGGAAGUUGUAAAAGAUGCAAAAUUGAUUCAAGAAUGUGUGCCAGAAAAUCUUUCGUUAAAAUUGAAACUCUACAACGAUCUCGACAAAGUCGUCGACGACAAAGUAAUCUUGUCCUCUUCGACGUCUACGUUUCGUCCAUCUCUUUUCAGCGAGAAGCUGAAACAUCGUGAGCAGAUCAUAGUCUCUCAUCCUGUAAAUCCCCCUUAUUAUGUGCCAUUGGUAGAGGUAGUACCAGCACCAUGGACGCGUUCCGAUAUUCCCGAGAAAACAAAAGCCAUCAUGACCGAAAUUGGUCAAAAACCUGUUGUCUUUAGUAGGGAGAUUGAUGGUUUCGCACUUAACAGAAUACAAUAUGCGAUAUUAAACGAAGCCUGGAGAUUGGUAGCUGAUGGAGUGUUAAGUGCAAAGGAUAUUGAUGCGGUAAUGAGUGAAGGUCUCGGAAUGCGUUAUGCUUUUCUUGGUGCUUUUGAGGCUGCGCAUUUAAAUGCUGAAGGAAUGAAGAAAUAUUGCGAAACGUAUAACAAAUCAAUCUAUGAUGUCAGUAUGACUUUCGGACCAGUACCAAAAUUUGUGGGCGAGAUGGCGGAAAAAAUCAGCAAUGAAUUGAACGAGAUGUGUCCACUUGAUAAAUUAAAGGAAAGACGAGCAUGGCGCGAUACCGCUUUGACAAAAUUAUCUAUACUCAAGAAAGAAUUAAAUAAGAUCAAACAGUAAAAAGAUACUUAUUUCAUGCAAUGUGCUACUAUUAAAGCUUGUUUCGUUAAAGCAUUUUAAAAACAGUUUUAUAUAUAAUUUUAUA